GAAUGAACACUCGCGCGGUGAAACGUCAGUGACGCAAAAUCUGACGUUUCUCGUUCGGUCAGCUGCGAGUUUUCGAGUGUGAUUUUCAUCGUCGGAUUCGUUUCCGUCCUCUGUCUCCCGGAAUCGACCACAAAUUUCGUGUUUUCUAACGCAGGAGCAGGCAAAGAAAUUUGAAGAUGGUUUUUGUGCGAUCGAUGUUGAACUCUGCGAAGCGCAUUCCGAUGAUCCGAUUCCGCAAGGGAGGGCCACAUUUGGAUGCCGCUGGCCAGUCAGCUCCCGCUACCCAAGCCGGACAAGCCGUAAGUGGGGCACAACCUAGAUCUGUUUCCACCGGGGAAGCCAUCGAGGAGUGGCAACUGCCGGCCCGGUAUCGUAGGAAGCCAAUCGACGACGUUGAAAUCGAGUGGAUCAACCGCGGAGGACCACCGGCUUAAAUCCUGCCGAAGCCGGAUCCUAGUCAGAUAAAAUUACACUCUCGCCCACACAAAAAAAAACUCAUCUACCACAUAAUUAUCAUAUUGUCGUCAUUUGCGCAAGAAGCGUGGGAUUUGGUCGAACAUCCCAAACAGCAGCAGAAAACGUUUAAUUUUUGUCUGGACGAAACCGUAUCAAUAUCAACGAAGGUGCUGAAAUAUUACCAUGAAACCGCAAACCGCAAUUUGGCUCCAGUGGUGACGAGAUAAGAACGAUUGCCGCGGAGAGAUGUUGUUUUCUUUUCAUCAAAAUUUAAGAGUCUUGCCGAUUUGAACAGCUGCAAAACAGGAGCGAGCCAAUCUGUGAAAAAUUGAAAUGUUUGCUGCUGUGCUGAUAAUCGUCUCAGUGCAAGUCGUACGAUGGCGUUAAAACGUUUUUAAAACUGUAUUUAUUAUAACAAACAAAUAAUUCAAAUAAAGGUUACGAAAUACUACUA